UUAUAUAAUCAGUAUCAUUUUUUUUAAAUCACUAAUACUUAAUUUCAAUAUUGAAUUCAUAUCAAUGGUUAUAUAACUUAUAUUCACUGAAUCUAACCAGUUAUUGCACAAAAUAUAGUUUCUUUUUUAACUCCAAACCAAUUAAAUCCCUCCUUCAUACAUAUUACAUACCAUAUUUCAUUGUCACAGAUUUAGUUCUUUCUUUACAUGCUUUCUUUUUUCAAUUCAUUUUUCAUUGAUUUAUAUAUCAAUGAAUUCUUGUGUUGAUGCUGUGGCUUUGUCAGAAGGAAUUGUUAUGGGGGUGUCUCAAUGUUAUAGAACUUCUGGGACUCUUGAUGAUUUGAGCAGAAGGAAACAACAAAAGAGCAAGUUCUUGAAAGAAUUUGAUGAUUUCUUUGGUGUUCAUCAUCAAGAAAGAAGUUCAAACUGCAAGUUUCGAUCUUUGAAGAUCGUUCUUUCGAUCAUUAUAUUCGGCACAAUUCUCACUUUUUUCUCUUCUCCAACUUUGUAUCAUACUGAUCAUGCUCUGCAUUCUAGUUCCCGAUGGAAAUGGAACAAAAAUAUAGUAUCAGAGGAUUCACGAUACGCAUCGCCAUUGAUUGUUAACUGGACACAGACACUGAAAGUUGUUGGAAAAAUCACUGACAGAAAGAAAAGUAAUGAAUUGGGAUUGCUGAAUUUCAAUGCAAGUGAAGUGAAUUAUUGGCAAAAUCUGUUGCCAAAUUCAGUAUCAAAUGUGAUACUUGUAGAGUAUGUAAAUAGUAAUAUCACUUGGGAUAUUCUUUAUCCCGAAUGGAUUGAUGAAGAAGAAGAAACUCAAGUGCCGUCUUGUCCGAAAUUUCCAGACCCUGAAUUGCCGAAGAAUUUAGAAUUCGAUCUCAUUGCUGUUAAACUUCCUUGCAACAAAUCAGGCAGCUGGUCAAGAGAUGUUGCAAGGUUGCAUUUGCAACUUACAGCAGCAAAACUAACUGCAGCAUCGAUGGAUAUCGGCAAAAAACCGGUUCAUGUCCUGUUUAUCACCAAUUGCUUUCCAAUUCCAAAUCUAUUCCCUUGCAAGAAUCUAAUCGCUAGAGAAGGAAAUGGUUGGUUGUACAAUAUUACUGAUCUGAAAUAUCUUUCAGAAAAACUCAAGCUCCCAAUUGGCUCAUGUGAACUUGCAUCACCAUUAAUCAACACACAAGAUCGAUUAAACACAGGAAUUUGGCAACGUCGAGAAGCAUAUGUUACAAUACUGCAUUCUGCUCAUGUGUAUGUAUGUGGUGCAAUAGCUGCAGCUCAAAGUAUUAAAUUGGCAGGAUCAACAAGAGAUCUAGUAAUUCUAGUUGAUGAAUCAAUCAGUGAUUAUCACAGGAAUGGACUAGAGGAAGCAGGAUGGAAAGUAAGGACAAUAAAAAGAAUACGAAACCCGAAAGCAGAGCAAAAUGCUUACAAUGAAUGGAAUUACAGCAAGUUCAGAUUGUGGCAGCUGACAGACUAUGAUAAGGUCAUAUUCAUCGAUGCCGAUCUUUUGAUACUGAGAAACAUUGAUGUGUUGUUCGAGAUGCCGGAGAUUACUGCAACCGGAAACAAUGCAACUCUGUUCAAUUCAGGGGUGAUGGUGGUUGAGCCAUGCAACUGCACAUUUGAUCUUUUGAUGGAGCAUAUCAAUGAGAUUAAAUCAUACAAUGGAGGAGAUCAAGGAUAUUUGAAUGAGAUAUUUACAUGGUGGCAUCGAAUACCGAAAAAGAUGAAUUUUUUGAAGCAUUUCUGGAUUGGAGAUAAAGAGAUUGUGAAACAGAAGAAGACUAGAUUGUUUGGAGCUGAGCCACCAGCACUCUAUGUACUGCAUUAUCUUGGAUUGAAACCAUGGUUGUGCUUCAGAGAUUAUGAUUGUAACUGGAAUAUCGAUAUAAUGCAAGAGUUUGCAAGCGAUAUCGCGCAUUCGAGAUGGUGGAAAGUGCAUGAUAAGAUGCCUAAAAAGUUGCAGAAAUUUUGUUUGCUGAGAACAAAGCAGAAGGCAGGAUUAGAAUGGCAUAGAAGAGAAGCUCAGAAGGCAAACUAUAGUGAUGGACAUUGGAAACUUAAGAUCAAUGAUCCAAGACUUGAUGUUUGUUUUGAGAAUUUCUGUGACUAUAAGAGGAUGCUACUGAAUUGGUCAAGCACAGCUCAGUAACUGCAU